UUUUUGCUUAUGAAUCUUCAUUCUUUCGGCAACCUCUAAAUUGAACAGUUCAGUUUGUUUAACACUUUUCGGCCCCGGUCUAAAUUUUAGCGUAACAGCAACAUGGAACACACUAUCGCUUCUGAAAAAAAGGAAAAUGGACGUAGCAGUUUGGCCUCUAUGAUCAAAAUGUUCAAUUCGGCGAAGUCGGCCGACAAGGAUUCGAAAGAAAGCUUGCGUAAACCAAUGAAAGAAUCAAAGAAAAAUAUGAAACUAACCAACAGUGAAAGAAGUCCAGCAGAUGAAACAGAGCCGAAGGACAUCAAGGAACAAGUACAACCAGAAAAUGACUCUUCUAACCAAGAUUCGGAGAAAAAUGUGAAACAAGCCAACAGUGAAAAAAAUCCUGAGGAAAAACCAGGAGUUAAGGAUAUGCAGGAACAAGUACAACCAGGAAAUGACUCUUCUAGUCAAGAAUUGGUAGAAAAUAAGAAACCAAUCGAAAAUGAAAAAAGUCCUGAGGAAGGAUCAGAGGCUAAGGAUAUCACACCACCGAAGCAAUCUGAAAACGAUGUCAAUACAACUCAAAUUAAUACGAGCUGCGAUGAAGAAACGCCCACUGAAAAUUUACAUACUGCGGAUACUGUGAGCCCCGUCCAAACUACUGAGGAUAAUGUUCUUCCCGAGGAACCGCCUUACAUCAAAACCGAUCAAGAGAAUAAUAUUUUCGAAGAUGCUAACCCGACUAUUGAUCCUAGCCAGCAGGAAAGCUCUCCAACAACGCAAGAUCGCGCCAUGCUACCACCAAACCGAACUUUACCACCGAAAAUGAACAAUCCUACGACCAAAGUAAGAACGAAUAUUUUGCAACAGAAAUCACCCAACUCUACGCUGUCGCUCAAAGACAAGCAGCAAUCCUCCAGCAAAUCAAGCCACAGCUCCCUAUACACUUCUGGACCAUCAACCUCUUCCUUGUGCCAUCUGACGGAGCUUUCGCAACCAAAACCGGCCGCAUUGCGUACAACGCUGAGAUGUCUUCGACAGCUGCACGGUAAAGAUGCGAAAAAGCUCGCGAGCAUUGAGCGUCAUCUACGUGGGCUUCGUAGUGGACCAAACCCUAGGCCGGAAAGAAAGUCAGCUACAACGAAACGCAAUAACGCAACCAAUAAUUCAGCACGAUCGCCAACGAAGCCAACCGAGGAUGAGAAUGCGUUGGGUGAUCGUCAAGCGUUCGAUAGGUUUGCGGCGAAUCUGUUCGCGGAGCUAGAACGGAAACGGGCACACGAAAACUAUGAAGUUGCCAAACUGCCGACCCCAGUAGAGAUUGGCUACUAUCGCGCUGCGUAUGAUGCGCUGGUGCAAGCGUUCGGACAACCGUACCACAAGUGUACGCUUGAGCUGUACCAGCAGCUGGCCGCCGAGCUCGGUAUGGGGGCAGAAAUGUUUGUAAUGGAUAAAACUCCCUACAUUACGGAUGGUCAGCUUCUUCAUGAAGCACCAAUAAAUCGGGAGUAGAUAGUGAUGUUUCAAGGUUGAAA